AUGAGAGCUGGAGGCUGCACGGUGGAGCAAGCGCUCACGGUUGAGGCUGCAAACGUGGUGAAACAAGCCAUGGGACUGGCCAGAAGGAGAGGACAUGCACAGGUCACACCUCUCCAUGUGGCUAGCACCAUGCUCUCUGCUCACACGGGUUUACUAAGAACAGCUUGUCUCCAAUCUCACACCCACCCUCUUCAAUGUAGAGCCCUAGAGCUCUGCUUCAACGUGGCUCUAAACCGCCUCCCGACAUCCACUGGGAGCCCUAUGCUAGGGGUUCCGAUUUCUCCUUUCCCUUCCAUCUCUAACGCUCUCGGUGCAGCUUUCAAGCGAGCGCAGGCUCACCAGCGGCGUGGAUCCAUCGAGAGCCAGCAGCAACCGAUAUUAGCCGUCAAGAUUGAAGUGGAGCAGCUCAUAAUAUCCAUCCUCGAUGAUCCUAGCGUGAGUAGAGUGAUGAGAGAAGCUGGUUUCUCGAGUCCUCAAGUGAAGAGCAAAGUUGAGCAAGCUGUUUCGCUAGAGAUUUGCUCAAAAACAACCUCCUCGAGUAAACCUAAAGAAGGCAAGUCGUUAACUCCGGUCAGGAACGAAGAUGUCAUGAACGUUAUAGACAGUCUAGUCGACAAAAAGAGGAGGAAUUUCGUGAUAGUGGGAGAGUGUUUAACAACUGUUGACAAAGUUGUGAGAACGGUUAUGGAGAAAGUUGACAAGAAAGAUGUGCCCGAAGCUUUAAAAGACGUAAAGUUUAUAACUUUAUCGUUCUCAUCGUUCGGGCAACCUAGUAGAGCAGAAGUGGAGAAGAAGCUAGAGGAAUUGGAGACACUUGUGAAGUCCUGUGUGGGAAAAGGAGUGAUUCUAAAUCUUGGAGAUCUAAACUGGUUCGUGGAGUCUAGAACCAGAGGUUCUCCAGUGUACAAUAACUACUGUGUCGUGGAGCAUAUGAUAAUGGAGAUUGGGAAGUUGGCUCGUGGGUUGGUCAUGGGAGAUCAUGGAAGGUUUUGGUUGAUGGGUCUUGCGACUUCACAGACUUACGUGAGAUGCAAGUCUGGUCAACCUUCGCUUGAGUCCCUUUGGUGUCUCACUACUCUCACUAUUCCGGCGACUAGUAGCCUCCGCUUGAGUCUCCUCUCCGAGAGUGAGCAUGAAGUCAAGAAAUCAGAGAACGUUUCAUCAGAGAAACUCAGUUUCUGUGAGGAAUGUUCCAUCAAGUUUGAGGCAGAAGCUCGAUUCUUAAAAUGUGCCAAUAGCAAUGUCUCGACUGCAGCUUUACCGGCGUGGCUUCAGCAAUACAAGAAGGAGAGUCAAAAUAGCCACACUGACACAGAUUCUAUAAAGGAACUUGUGGUUAAGUGGAACACAAUCUGCGACUCAAUCCAUAAGAGACCAUCUCUGAAAACACUCACACUCUCUUCUCCAACAUCUUCCUUUUCUGGUUCUAUUCAACCUUCGACUGCUCUACAUCAUCUUCAAGCCAACGGUGAUUGGCCUGUGAUCGAGACAAAUAAGUAUCGUCAUCAUCAUUCCGUCAUCCCUGAUGCAUCCCCUUUGAGAUUGUUUAUUCCAGAACAUGACAGCGAGAAAAAGACAAAGCUUUUCUCUUCGAAUCCUAAUUCAACAGUACACUCUGCGGCUUCUUCGAGCGAUGCAAUGGAGGUGGAACAUGUUUCCUCUAGGUUUAAAGAGAUGAAUGAUGAAACCCUAGCAGUUCUAUGUGAUGCCUUGGAAAGCAAGGUUCCUUGGCAGAAGGAGAUAAUUGCGGAGAUAGCGGAAACGGUCUUGAAAUGUAGGUCAGGGUCGAGUACUAGAAAGAUCAACGGAAACGAUUAUGUUAAAGAAGAGACUUGGAUGUUCUUUCAAGGUCUUGACGUAGAGGCUAAAGAGAAGAUCGCAAGAGAAUUGGCUAAACUCGUCUUCGGAUCUCAAAACAGCUUUGUCUCGAUCUGUUUGAGUAGUUUCUCUUCAAAAAGAUCGGAUUCGUCGGAAGAUUUGAGGAACAAGAGGUCGAGAGAUGAACAGAGUUGGAGUUACAUUGAGAGAUUCUCUGAAGCUGUUUCGUUAGAUCCAAGUCGAGUGUUCUUUGUGGAAGAUAUAGAGCAAGCUGAUUAUUUGUCUCAAGUGGGUUUUAAGAGAACCAUUGAGAGAGGAAGCGUUCGUAAUUCGAGUGGUGAAGAAGCUUCUCUUAAAGAUGCGAUUGUGAUCUUGAGCUGUGAAAGAUUUAGUUCAAGAUCAAGAGCUUGUUCUCCUCGUCCGGUUAAUCAGAAAUCGGACGGUUCGGAUCAAUCGGAGGACAAGAACGUUGCUACUUGCGUCGCACUCGAUCUCAACCUCUCUCUUGACGAUGACGUUUGUGAAGAGGAAUCAUGUGACAAGAUUGGUUUGCUUGAAGCUGUGGAUGCACGGUUUCAUUUCAAGCGUUCAUCAACAUAA